CGUUACUGUGCAUGACCACUUUGUCAAAAAAGAGUUUUCAAAAGGAAUUCCUGAUCUAUUCCACAUGCUGCGACUGCACCGUCCACAGGCCAAUCAGAUCGCUUGACGUCACCGUCCACAGGCCAAUAAAAUCGCUUGGCGUCACCGUCCACAGGCCAAUCAGAUCGCUCGGUGUGCCGCGUCUAUUUGAAAACAGAAAUGGCUGAAGCUCGAGCGGUUCUGCGGCGCUGUGAUCCGGUUCUCUUGGGUCUCUUCAGAGACUCAGAACCACCUGAAGCAGCUCGGAUGGUUCUCCACCUGAUGGACAGCAGGCGGGUCCAGAAGGUUCUGGGCCGCGAGCAAUUUGUUCUGGACUCCAUGAUGUCGCUGCUGGAGAGGCUGGAGUCUGCCCGGCAACUGAUGACACAGGCCUGCCCCGCCCAGCCUGGGGGCGGGGCUCGCAGCCGGUGGAAGGCUCUGAAAGGAGACAGCAGGUCCAGGACGGAGGACACAGAGACACUCCUCAGAUCUCUGGAGGACAAAGUUCAACAAAUACACAAUAGGAGACACACACUCACACAACUGGUCCACCAGCUGGAGAGCAAGGUCACACACACACACACACACACACAGAGAGACACACACUCCUCUCCUUGUCUCAUCUCCUCUCCUUGUCUCCUUCAGAAGCAGCAGCAUGAAAGGCUGGAGGAGUCUCUGCAGAAGGCCCAGAAUGCAUUGCAGUUAUGCGACAAUCAGCUGAAUCAGCUGAGGGCGGAGUCAGAGGCUGCACUCUGUCAGCUGAUCGGCUGUCAGCGAAUCAGAGAUGAGCUGCAGGUGUACGCCUCUUCCCUACAGGACAGCAUGCAGAUCAACCUGCUGUCAUUCAGCCAAUCAGAGCUGUGUCUGGAGCUCAGGCCACGCCCCUCUACAGAUAUGUCGUCCAAUGAGCCGGAACUACUGAAGUUGUCAGUCACCUGGAGCCACGGCGACCGCUUCACACUGCAGGUGAGGGAGGGUCCUCCUGGUCUGGUGGAGGACGGGCUGUCGGGCCGGCGGUCUGAACUGAGCGCCGCCUUGCUGGAGGUGAUGCAGUGUUACCUGUGUCAGUUCCAGCUGCUGUCUGAGAUCCAGAGACUGAGAUCUAGCUUCGCCAUCGACUGGCGCCCGGCCCAGCAGGUCCUGGUGUUCCUGAAGUCGGCUCGGCUGGUCUUCACCCUGCAGGUCCAGGACGGGUACCCUGGAGCCGGGUCGGCCCGCCUGCUGUCAGCACUCAAAGACGGCCGAGCUGUGGACACGUCUGGGCUGAAGCCUCUCAGAUCUAACCACAGUCUCACUGAUUGGUUGGUGUUCCUCAGCAGCGCUCCAAUGGACUGACUCCUCCUCUGGACUGGCUCCUCCCCUGGACUGUGUUACUAAAUAAAUGUUUACAACAAGUGAA